GGCGGGGCUGUCCUGGGUGUGAUGUGAUCUGGCUGUUGUGACAUCACAGGCAUUGUGUCACAGUGGGGGCAGCUAGAGAUGGCCCCAGCAGGUAACGCUGCCUCAGUCGAGCCUGGACAAGUGGCCAUGGCUGUGAAAAUGUUUCUUCUCGUGCUUUUGCAAACCCUCAUCCAGUACCCACAGAUGGUGGGUGAUGGGCUGGAUGAGGACAUCCGACUGCGCAUGGAGCUGCGUGCAAUGCUCCUGGACAGAGAGAUGACUCGUCUGCUGCAGGAGCUGGAGCAGAGCAGCCUGGAGCGCAGUGUCAGGGCCUGGGGAGCCCUGCUCUGGGCUGCCUUGCAGCAGGGGGACUUCUGGGCUCUGGCUGGACUCCUGGGCCUCCUCUUGUGGCUGUGGUUUAUCCCCAGCAGAAGGAGCCGCCAGCCAGCCAACAAUGGCCGGGAGGAGGGGGCAGGGGAUGGCGAUGGUGGUGGAAAUGAAGGGGAAGAAAACCGUGAUGCGAUUCUGUGGGAAGUCAACAUCGGUGAUCUAAUUGAAGGAGAAGAUGAUGAUGUUGCAAAUGAAGUAGAAGAGGAUGUUAUUACCCAGAGCCUGAGACAGCGUUUAGAGGAGCACAUAGAGCACCUGAUGGAAGGCAGCGAGAUGACAAAUUUCCUGAUGGACAGCUUCAUGAUGUUCUUGGGACACCUCUUGUCAGACAGUUCAUAUCCAGUGCCGCAACGAGCCAUCGGGGUGGGCAGUGCCUUUGAAGGCUGGAGUCCCCGGGAGGAGGAUGUGGUGUACCGUGUCCUUGUACCCCUCACUCCUCCCCCGGGGCACACCUUCCAUCUGGAGAUGGACACCUCAGGGCAGUUGCCCGGUAGGAACUUCUUCAUCCGCGUGGAGCCGGUGUGCACCUGCCCAAGGGAGCAGCAGGAUGAGAACGUGCUGUGCUCCCUCCACCACCCAGAAGAAGAGCAGAGGAGGAAUGAGGAGCCCAAUUUCCUAAACACCCUCUGCACCGGCUCCUACCUGGAUGUGGAGAAAACUGCCCGCUGGUUCUACCAGUUGGUGAGAGCGUCCUGGCCGGCUUUGCCUCAGUCACACACUUGGCAAUUAGUGCUGCUGCCCUCCAGCCGCUGCUGCAAAUUCAAGUUGACCAGAGACAGACAGAGCCUGACAGUUGAGCUGCUCUUUGGGAUGCAAGUAGGCAAUUCAGACAUCUACGUGAGCAGCCAGCCUACAGAGGCCCUCUUCACCCCAAGCACAAUGUGGCCUGAGACCUACGCCGUGGCAGAGAUGAAGUUCUUC